UCAGAUCUCCGCUCCAUCCGCCUCAUUUUCCCCUCGCAGAGCUCACUUGAACCCAAGCACACCAAGACUGCAAUUCCUACCAAUCGGCAUCUCUACUGUUACCAACGCAAAGAACCUCCUUCUGAUUACCAUUUCACUCCAACAACAUGUUCUCCUUUUUCCGCCGGGGUCCUCCCCAAACCCCCGAAACCCCAUCAGACCAAGCAACCUCACAGCCAACCACAACACAAACUAGCCAAUCUCAACCACAAUCCCAAAACCAAAGACCUGAAUCCGAGCCCGAACUGAAGUUCAUCAACCCCCAAACCAAAUACAAACUUCUCCUCGGCGGCCUCACUUUCUUCGCCUUCUCGCUGUGGACCACCCGCCGCGCCUUAAACAGACGCUAUCUCGCUUCCGUCCCACCUUUCUAUACAUCCUCCCUCUACCACAAGCCCGACGUCAGCGGCGGUGCGGAAGCCUUUGAGGCGCUGAAUCUGGCAACACUGAAUGUGCUCUCCCUGGGCAUGGCGGGCACCGGGGGUAUCCUGUGUGCGCUGGAUAUCAAUGGGGUUGAUGAUAUGAGGAGGUUUGUGAGGAGGGGGUUCUAUGGUGACGGUGGAGAUGUGACGAAGGUGGAUAAGGAGCUGGAAGAUGAGGUUGAAGCCUGGGUGGGAAGUGUGCUGGGAGAGAAGUUUGGGGUGGAGUUGAAGAAGGAGAAGGAGCGGGAGAGGAGCGAGAAUAAGGCUUGAAACAGUAGUCUUUUGAGGAUCUGUCGGAUUACUUUUAUGAAGGAUUUGGUUUGGGAUGGGAUGCCGGUGGGUGAAUUUAGGGCUUGGUUGGCGUUGAUGUGUAUAUGUCGAUUGUCGUGCAUAUAUGGAACUGAAAUACCCCACUU